UAAAAUCUUUCAAAAGGUCCCAAAACGUCCAAACAGCCCGCAAUUUCCAGAAUUUCGUAUUAGUGGCCCGCCUCGAGACAAUCACGUCGUCCCUUAGCGGGGAAGGUAGUUCUUUUCGUACGCACUUCUCCAUUCUCCGACUUCCUUCACCUCUCCAAACCAAAACCCACCAUCUCCAGUGGUUACCCCGCAAAUCCGCAGACUCACCGACUGCAGAGAGAUCGGGAAAAAAUGGCUUUGGGUUUCAGCCCAGGCGACGCAGCCGGCUUCAAGUUCCUGCUCAUUUUGGUGGUGACGUACGGCCUCAUGGCGGCGCUGGUUCACUCCAUACUCUACAUGCGCUUCAUCAAGCCGCUCGAGAUCGACGCUCCUCUCGAUCGCUUCUCGGAAGCCAGAGCUGUCGAGCACGUUCGAGUCUUGACCCAAGAGAUCGACGGCCGCCAGGAAGGGCGUCCUGGCUUGACAGAAGCUGCUCGAUACAUUACAGGGCAGUUGGAAAUGAUAAAGGAGCGAGCUGGGUCCAACGUUAGAAUUGAGAUAGAAGAGUCCGUUGUUAAUGGAACCUUUAAUAUGAUGUUUCUGGGCCAUAGCAUUUCUCUUGGUUACAGAAACCACACAAAUAUUGUGAUGAGGAUAUCAUCGAAAUAUUCACAAGACAAUGAACCGUCAGUUUUGUUAAAUGGACAUUUUGACAGUCCACUUGCUUCCCCAGGUGCUGCUGAUUGCGGUUCGUGUGUAGCAUCAAUGCUUGAAAUAGCGAGGCUAAUGGUGGAUUCUGGAUGGAUUCCUCCUCGGCCUGUUAUUUUUCUUUUUAAUGGUGCUGAAGAGCUUUUCUUGUUGGGUUCUCAUGGCUUCAUGAAGACACAUCAAUGGCGUGAUACCAUUGGGGCUUUUAUAAAUGUGGAGGCAUCAGGGACAGGCGGUCCUGAUUUAGUUUGUCAAUCAGGACCUGGUUCCUGGCCCUCUCAGGUCUAUGCUGAAUCAGCCAUAUAUCCCAUGGCACAUAGCGCAGCUCAGGAUGUUUUUCCUGUUAUUCCUGGAGAUACAGAUUUCCGGAUAUUUUCUCAAGAUUAUGGCGACAUUCCAGGCUUGGAUAUUAUCUUUCUUCUUGGUGGUUAUUUUUAUCAUACAUCCUAUGAUACAGUGGAGAGACUAUUACCUGGAAGUAUGCAAGCUCGUGGAGAGAAUUUGGUUAGCAUAAUUAAGGCCUUCACCAAUUCUUCUAAGCUACAAGUUGUACAUGAAAGAGAGUCUAACGGAUAUCAGUACGACGGAGAGCAUGCUGUUUUCUUUGAUUAUUUAUCAUUGUUUAUGAUAUACUAUACACGGAAGGUAGCCAUGCUACUUCACAGUAUUCCUAUUGCCAUCUUCUUAGCCAUGCCCAUUUUUUCACACAAGCAGAAUCGUGGGCUCCUUUCUUGUUUUUCAACUUUCUGCGAUUUUACGAAAGGAACGAUUUUCCAUGCCACUGGGAUUCUUCUGGCAAUUGUAUUUCCAGUUAUCUUUGCCAUCCUGAGAUUGCUGUUCACUAGUUGUGCUAUGAACUGGUUUGCUCGUCCAUAUUUGGCUUACUUGAUGUUCAUUCCCUGCUCACUUGUUGGUAUGUUGAUUCCCAGAAUUAUUUGGAGUAGCUUUCCCCUCUCGCAAGAUGCAUCAGGUCUCAAAUCUUUAAAGGAGGCUUUAUCUGAUGAAGCGAGGUUUUGGGGAGCAUUUGGAUUCUACGCUAUAUUAACGAUGGCUUACCUUUUAGGUGGGCUCAGUGGAGGCUUCUUGACUUUUUCAAUGUCCGUAUCUAUGCUUCCUGGAUGGAUUUCAUAUUGCUUAUCAGUCAAGUUAUUUGGUCGCCAGUCACUCAGGUCAACAUUGUUUUACAUGUUACCUAUAGUUCCAUGCCUUGCAUACUCUGUAUAUUUUGGUGGAUUUCUUUUACAAUUUCUGGUCGAAAAGCUGGGUAUGAUGGGUGCUUUGCCACCUCCAUAUGGUUAUUUUAUUCCCGAUGUUGUGAUGGCAGCAAUAGUUGGAGUUGUGACUGGUUGGUGUGUAGGCCCUCUGAUACCUAUUUCUGGUCGCUGGUUAGCUAGGUCAUCCGUUUUGCAAGUUUUGCUGCACAUUAGUGUGCUAGGCUUGGCUUUGUCAUCUCAGUUCUUUCCCUACAGUGUGGACGCUCCUAAGAGGAUUGUUUUCCAGCAUACGUUUCUUACUGCAGAUGCAAAUCAGGUUGUGGAGUCCAGCUAUGAUUUUUCUGUCGUAGAUUCCAAUUCUUUACUUUUCCUAUUCAAAAAUGCACCGGAGGCGGCAAAGGAAUUGCACAUUAGUUCAGAGUUAUCUUUUAAAACUGCAAAUUUAUCUCAGCGGGAGAAUUUUAUGGGACUUUUUCCUGUGUCGUUUUUGUUCUCAAGAAGCUUGAAGUUCCCUGCAAAAAGUGAUAGUAUUUUGAAGCAAUACAAACAGUUCCCCCAUCUGUCUACUUAUGAGCCACAUAAGGUUUUCAGCGAGGGAUCUCGGAGAGUAUACUUGCAACUGUCUUUAGGUUCCUUGGAGGAGGUUUGGGUUACCGUCCUCAAUAUAACAGGCCCUUUAUCGAGCUGGUCAUUUGCAGACAAUACACUUCCAGCUACUGAAACAAAUGAUGGAGGUCCACCGUCAUAUAUAUGCCGGCUUAGUGGAGCUAGCUCUGAGAAUUGGAACUUCUGGUUAGAGGCUAGCGGUUUUGAAGAUUUGAGGGUUGAUGUUGCUGUCAUAGACCAAUAUAUGGUUGACGAAACAAAGAAGCUGAGAGGCCUUUUUCCGGAGUGGGUGGAUGUCGUUGCUUACUCGAGCUUCUUGUCGAGUUAUAUCUUCUAGUUUUAUUUUACCACCAGCAAUUCCAGAAAUGCUAAAUACAAGUUUGAAAUAUUCAUUCAUACAUUCUGCAAUAAGAUUCUUAGCUUCUGGUCGCAUUACAAAAUUCGAGUGCUUU